UCAUCAAGUGAAAUAUGGCGUCGGUGUUGCGUAUUUUGUGUUGUGCGGUAGUUGUUUUCAUUGUUAGUUUCUUAUCAUGUGAAGUCAACUGCAGAAGUGAUGACUUUGUGUCUUACGAAAUCGACAAUGCCAACGUGGAACCAGUGCAGAGCCGCAGCAUUCACUUGAGCCGGUCAAGGCGUGGUUCAAAUCCAGAUGACACCAAGAAGUAUAUUCCCAAGAUCGGUGACAAGGUGCCGACGAAGCCUCCGCCCAUCAAAGUUGGCACGCCGUCGACACCGAAAGCCAACGCCUCGACACCGGUGCCCCCCAUCUUCUUUAACGCGUCGGAUACGUCCACUGUGCAUGGAAGCAGCGUACCCGUGGACACCGUCACGAGGUCCGACGGUAUCUGGACCGACGAAGAGGAUUUGGAGAAGUUGGUGGAGAGUGGGAACGUCACACUUCCCUCUGGAUAUGAGAACACGACGGAUCAUCAUGAGUACUACAAUACGACCUUCUACUCCAAUCCCGAAGUAGUAAAGCAGCUUUGGACGGACCUGGACUCGCUACCGAGCGAGCAUGUUAUAACGCACGACAUGCUCUCUAAGUCACAUCGACGGGCUGCGACAGUGAACCUCACGUUUGACUUUCCGUUUUAUGGACACCCCAUAAGAAAUGUCACGAUUGCCACAGGAGGCUUUUUGUUCACAGGUUACAUGCUGCAUGUGUGGUUGGCUGCAACACAAUUCAUAGCGCCUCUGAUGGCUAAUUUUGAAACAAUCUCAAGCAACAAUUCAGCUAUUAAAUAUGUGGAUAAUGGAACUGCACUUGUUGUGGAAUGGCAAGAAGUUGUUCUUCAGGAUAGUCCUGCUGGUGGUAACUACACCUUCCAGGCUGUCCUUCACAAGAGCGGUGACAUUGUGUUUGUCUACAAAGAUCUCCCGAUGGCAGUCACUGACAUUCCUGACAAGAGCCAUCCAGUGAAAGUUGGCAUCUCCGAUGCCUACAUGUUUGAUCGAAUGGUAUUCUUCCUGAAGCGGAAGACAAUCUAUGAGUACCACCGUGUAAACCAUAAGAGCAGCAACAUUAAAAGCAACACAGCAAUCUACUUCACUGCUCUGCCAACUUGCCCAUCCCUGAAGACCUGUGAAGACUGCAGAACAGCACAGCUGCGCUGGGAAUGUCUUUGGUGCGACACACUACAGCGGUGCUCUAGUGGAGUCGAUCGACACCGUCAGAGCUGGUUGGAAAACCAGUGUGACCUUGAGGACAAGAAGAGUGCAGCGCAGUGCUCUGCAGAAACUACGCCAGCAACGUCAAAUGCCACCUCCCCCGCGAGUGAGACAACUGCAAAGGCACCCAUAGUUACUUCAACAGUAGCGCCACCAGUGCCUACCAGUUCGCAGUCCGAAAGCGGCCACCAAACGCCGGCGGCAACCACCAGGGGUGACCAAGCGGCGACCACAGCGGCCACGUUGCCAGUCACUGAUGCUGCCAGUGCAAGGAGCCAGAACGCAAGAGCAACAGCAGAGGAUGGAGCAGUCCACCACAGUUCCAUCAGUUCUGGAGGUGUGGUUGCUAUCAUCAUGAUUCUGCUUCUAAUUGUGGCUGUCGGCCUUUGGGUGAUGUACGCCUACCGAAAUCCACAAACGCCUGCGGGACAAUUUCUUAUCAAGUACCGUCCAAGCCAGUGGCGUCUGCACGGUGAAGCGCGGUACACAGCAGCCACUUCUGUUCAUAUUUAAGCGAAGAGAAUAACGUCGUCAAAACGGGGUCGCAGGCCGAGGUAGCAGCAUGGCAUUGCAUUGCCAGCUGCACUGUGAGGACAUGUUGUUAGGGCUACCCCCAGUCAGUUCACAUGUGUUGAUGGUUGAUGGAAGAAUGUGAACUAUGGGACGUGAAUGGUGUGGAUAGAUUUGUGCCUUAUUUUGGCAAACAUUUUUUUAUUAUUAUUAUUAUUAUUAUUUUGUGAAAGAAAAUGUACAGCUUCAAGUCGAAGUAUCAGGGACUCAUGGGAGUCGGUUUUGAUGUUUGCCAUGAAAAUGUUUUACACGUGCGUGUUAUUUACCUGCAGCUCGUUUAUGUAAUAAUAUUCUACACGCUACGCCAGUGACUAGGUAAGAUCUCAGACUCAAAAUAAGGGAGGGUUUUGAAUACGUAGGUUGGGGGGGUUCAUGAACAUGCACUUUGCUGAGCAGUGUUGCCAGCGGAAAUGGUGGACUGUGCCGGUGCUACAGGAAGAUGCCAAAUGAUUUUUUUUUUAUAUUUUAAUUGAGGCAACGAAAAGGUGGCCGUAUUAGACAAGUCACACCAAACAAAUUUAAAAAAUAAAUGUCAUUGGUGUUUGUGAAUAAUGCCAAAAAUUUUAAUGCAUGUUCAUGAUAUUUUAACAAUUUUGUCUUUACUUUAGUAUGGUGUUGGAAGAAAUAAAAACGUUGUGCACAAUGCACAUUUACUUGUUAAUAAUAGCAUUUAGUUCAGUUGCAUCAUUGCUCGUCAUUUUAAUUUUUUUCGGCCUUUGUAACCGAAAAUGCCGGGCCAUCACUCCGGCCUUUGAAUUUUUAUUAUUUUCGUACAAACAGUCUAGCAAACAAGAAGAAAAAUCAAAUGUUAAUUACAUGUUAUUGAGGAAAGAGAAUGAAGGGGUUGAGAGCACGCGCGCCCUGCAAUUCUGUAAUUCUGUUUGUUGUCGCAGUAUAACAUUUGGACUUUGGGUCGCGGGGUUGUGUUCUUCCUUUCCGCAACACAUGUAUAGCAUGCGUGGUAACGCCUGUCCAUGCGGGUGCUAAAGAAUGGUAAAAACAAUCAAUCUGCUAUUGGUUCAAGAAAAAAAAAACAAGAAUGGAUAAUUAGUGGAAUAUAAAAUGAUUUGACUCAGAAAUUUAAGCCACUGCAUUCGUGAUGAGCAAGCUAGCUGCCAGUGAAAAUACCAGGUUGGCAACACUGCUUAUCAGCAUUUACAGCGUUUGUCCUCGGAAAUACUUUUUUUUAUUUUUAUCUGUUCAUAUCGCUUUGCGUGCAUUCAGGGCUAUUAGUUUUGUCAAAGAAGCUUUACAGUCAUAUGGUUGAAGAUCAAAUAUCUUUUUUAAAUCUCAGUGGACCAUUUUUUAUGCUGUGCUUCGUAAGCCUCAGCUCAUACUGUGGAAGUCAGACAGAUGAGCAUUUUCCCCAUUUCAUAGUGGUGGUACAUUCCAUGAGCAUUGUUCCAAAUAAGCGUUGUCCAAACAAAGUAUACUUGGGUAACCAAGACAACGAGAGAUGUCAUUUCAUGCAGAGCACACUUGCAGAUGCCUAUGUGUUUUGAGCGUGUAGCAAGUUUUUUAAUUUCUUUUAAUUUUUUUUUUUAGCAUUUUCGUCGGGUAAGGGGGGGGGGGGCAAGCUAUACUUAACCCGAAGCAAGCGAAAUAUUAACUCUUUUUAGUUCUUAUACUCACUGCCUGCUCGUAGCGACGUAGUUUGUUUUUGUUUUUUGUUUUUUCGUCCUUGCUGCAGCUUUGCUUUGCGGCGUCUGAAUGUGGGUAAAAAAAAUUUGUCAAAUCAUAUUUCUUUUGCUGUGGGGAAUCAAUGUGUCCAACAUUUCAUUGUUUCUGCAGUAAUUCAGAAUUGUGCACUCAUGUCUGUACCUUUUGAAAUGCUGGAUAGCAAUGCAACUGUGAUUCCUCUUUGUCUACUAGCAUUUAUAUAUGAAAAGAUCUGGAUUACGUUUGGAAAUGUAUGUCUCAAGUAUAUUAACACUAGGCUUAACAGCUAACUGCUCAUUUUUUAUGCAGUCUUUUGCUGGCCACAAACAUUGAUCUUAAUGGGUACCCAGAUACGUGUUACAUUUUAUUGAGGGGACUCGUCGUGAUAAACUCCUGACUGUGGAACAUUCAUACUGCAGAGCACGUGGAAGAUCUGCUAGCAUUUCAGACUGUAAAUUGCUUUUAACUGUUUACCACCUAGUUGGUAAUGGUUUUACAUCUGCUUGCAUUCUUGUCGAUACUUUUGCAUAACCUUUGCUUGAUCAUCAGCCGUUGCAGAUGACAUCUUCCGUUAAGCUUACUCAGCUUACAAUAUUUGAGAGAUACCAUAGAAAAUGAUAUAUUACAGAGUAUAUUUUGCAGCCUCCCUGCGUUAGGUGGUUUAUCGCAGGAUUGUGACAUGGAAAGGGGGAAACGGUUGCUUUUUUUGCGGAGUGUCUGAGUAAUAAAUAUAUUGAACUCGCACAUUUGCUGUGUUUUAUGAGCAAGUGUAGCAUUCAGAAGCUGUACUGCAGAGAUGAAUUUAUUAUAAUCAAGUUUGCUCAAUUGUGUACCUGCUUGUCUUGACUUUUUUUUUUUUUUUUUUCGAGUGCAGUGUCUUCACAACGUGAAUCUGACUGAGCUUGUGUUCUCUUCUGGUAUUACAGUAAGAGUGUGUAACACACCCAGAGAUCUUAGGUUUGCUUGUUGAAAUAAACUACAAGCUUGUGCA